AUGAUCCUGGGGGUCUUUCCCACCACCCACACCCACCCGUGUUGCUCUGGGACGCCCCAGCUCACGCUGCUGCCCCUCCCCGGGUGUCCCAUCAGUGGGGACAGUCACCUGCGGGUCCCAGCACUGCGCCUCGGCCCGGUGCCACCCAGUCCACAGCUGGGCUCAGAUCCCAUCCCAUCCCAUCCCAUCCCAUCCAGAUGUGCACACAGAUGUGCAGCAGCCCCACCACUCCCUGUACCCCAGUACACCCUUGGAACCUCCAGUGCCCCCAGUUCCCCCAGUUCCCCUGGUAGCCCAGGGCUGGUCCCCGCAGGCCUGACGGAGGAUGAGGAUGUCCAGCGGAUGCUCCAGGGGUCCCUGCUCUGGAAGGUCAAGGCCAAGGGGGGCUCCAGGGAGCGGCUGUUCCGCCUGCAGGAGGACGGGGUCACCGUCUGCUUCGAGGGACGCUUCAGGCACGCCCGCUCCCCCCAGAGCUUCUCGGUGGCGAACAUCGAGGGGGUCCGCGAGGGUCGCCGGUCCGAGGGGCUGCGCAAGCACGGAGCCGCCUUCCCCGAGCGCCACUGCUUCACCCUCGCCUUCAAGGGCCGCCGCAAGAACCUCGACCUGGCCGCCCGCGGAGAGGAGGACGCCCGGCACUGGGUGCAGGGGCUCACCAAGCUGAUGGGGCGGCUGCAGGCCAUGAGCCAGAUGGAGAAGCUCGACCAUUGGAUCCAUGGGGUCCUGCAGCGAGCAGACAGGAACAAGGACAACAAGAUGUCGUUCCGGGAGGUGAAGAGCAUGCUGAGGAUGCUCAACAUCGACAUGGACGAUGUCUACGCCUCCAAGCUCUUCAAGGAGUGUGACCACUCGGGCAACGAGCGCCUGGAGGGCCGGGAGCUGGAGGAGUUUUGCCGGCGGCUGCUGCGGCGGCCGGAGCUGGAGGAGCUUUUUGGGCGCUACUCGGGCGAGGAUCGGGUCCUGUCAGCCGAGGAGCUGCAGGAUUUCCUGAGGGACCAGGGCGAGGACUCCAGCCUGCGCCAGGCCCGCACCAUCAUCCGCACCUACGAGCUCAACGAGAAGGCCAAGCGGCAGGACCUGAUGAUGCUGGAUGGUUUCAUGAUGUACCUGCUCUCGGCUGCCGGUGACAUCCUCAACCAGGAGCACACCAAGGUGCACCAGGACAUGAACCAGCCCCUGAGCCACUACUUCAUCUCCUCCUCCCACAACACCUACCUGACCCGCAACCAGAUCGGCGGCACCAGCAGCACCGAGGCCUAUGUCAGGGCACUGAGGGCAGGGUGCCGCUGUGUGGAGCUGGACUGCUGGGAGGGCUCGGAUGGGGAACCUGUCGUGUACCACGGGCACACGCUCACCUCCAAAAUCCUCUUCCGCGACGUCAUCGAGAGCAUCCGCGACUCUGCCUUCGAGGUGAGGCUGGGGCCAGCAGCCCAGGGGUGCUGGGUGUGGGGCCCCUCGUGGUGCCUGUCCCCUGGUCCCCAGCUCCCUGUGCCACAGGUGAUCACAGCACAGCAGCUGCCCAAGCUGAACAGGGACAAGGGCAGCUCCAUCGUGGAUCCCUUUGUGCGUGUGGAGAUCCACGGGGUCCCGGCCGACUGCGCCAAGCAACAGACCCACCACAAGCUCAACAACGGUUUCAACCCGCGCUGGGAGGAGACGCUGCGGUUCCAGGUGCGGGUGCCCGAGCUGGCCCUGGUGCGCUUUGUGGUGGAGGACUAUGACAGCACCUCCUGCAACGACUUCGUGGGGCAGUUCACGCUGCCCCUGCCCAGCAUGCGCCAAGGGUACCGCCACAUCCACCUGCUCUCCAAGGACGGGGCGUCCCUGUCCCCCGCCACGCUCUUCGUGCACGUCCGGUGCAAGAGCCUGUGAGGUGUCCGCAGGGGGGACAUCCUUGUGUCCCCAACUGCCCGUGGCAGGGACGGUGUGUCUGCGUGUGGGGGACAACAGGCUCCUCCAUGGGUGGGCACCCUGCGUGGGGACAGUCCAAGGACACCGCUCACCUGCCUGUGGUGACAGCAGGGCUGGGAGGACCCAAAGGGGUGGGGGUUCCCCUCCCUGCUCCCCAGUGCCACCCAAUCUGCCUCCUCUCCCUGAGGGGACAGAUGCUGUGACAAGCAGGAUGGGUUGAUUGGGCCAAGGACAGCUCAGCACAGCCGCACAGGGGUGACACCAAAUCUCACCAGUCCUGGCACACCUGAUCUCAGCCCCUCUCCUGGGGUGCAGGGACGGUGCCAUCACCCUGCAGUCCCUGAGGGGACCCUGCCACCACACACUCCAUUGUGCCCGGGUGGGGACAUUCCCAAGCUCUGCUCUGGCACCAGUGACAGUCACAGAUUUACACCCCGGGAUCAAGCCAGUCGAAUAAAGAUUUUAUUUUAACAGAGCCUGUCCCAGUGUCCCUGUCACCCCCUGGAGCCCAUUGUGGGUGGAUCAGGGCUGAGCCCAUCCCCAAAUCAGCGGUGCCCUGGGGAGCUGCCAAGCAGCCAAGGGUACUGCACCCAUGGAAGCUGGGGGGGUUCACUGGAGCAGCCAUCAAACCUGCCAUGGGAACAGGGGGAGGG